CGCUCUCUCUCUCUCUCUCUCUCUCUCUCUCUCUCAUAUACAGAGUACACGUAUAAGCUACCCGCCAAUACCACCUGUCUUAGUACCUCAGGAAAUUUCCCAUUUCCCAUUCUGAGAAAUAUCAGCACUUUUAUGUAUGAUAAGAAUAUCAGAAUCAGAGAAAUAUCAGUACUAGAAGAAGAAGAUACACACAUAUAUAUAGAGAGAGGUGUAGAACAUCAUCAAGGCCAAUGAUGAAGGGUUCACCAAGAAAUUAUGAUUACUCAUUCAAGAUUUUGCUGGCUGGUGAUUCUGGUGUUGGAAAGAGCAGUCUUCUUUUGAGUUUCAUCUCCGACUUUGUUCAUGACCUUUCUCCUACAAUUGGUGUGGAUUUCAAGAUCAAACAGCUUUCAGUUGAUGGGAAGAGAUUGAAGCUAACAAUUUGGGACACAGCUGGACAGGAGAGGUUUGGAACAGUAAUAAGCUCUUACUACAGAGGUGCACAUGGAAUCAUUCUCGUGUAUGAUGUAACACGGCGAGAAACCUUUACAAAUUUAUCAAAUCUAUGGGCAAAGGAAGUCGACCGGUACUCCACCAAUCAAGAAUGCAUCAAAAUUCUAGUCGGGAACAAAGUUGACAGAGAUAAAGAGAGGGUUGUAACCAUAGAAGAAGGGAUGGCACUUGCACAGGAGCACAAGUGUUUGUUUCUUGAAUGUAGCGCUAAAACGAAAGAAAAUGUUCAGCAAUGCUUUAAAGAUCUUACAUUGAAGAUGCUGGAGGUACCAAGUUUACUGGAAAGUGGAUCUGUGGACGUGAAGAGACAAAUUUUGCAGCAGAAACAACUAGACCAAGACCAGAUGCCUUGUAGCGGCACUUGUUGCACUCAAUAGAAAACAUUAGAUCAUGCCAGUACAAAACUGGUGUAAAGGGAAUUUAGGUGGACUAUCAUCAUCAAAAAUCCCUCCUAAAUCCUGAUCAUCACUUCCAUGACAAUUUUUUGGGGUUUGUUUCUAGCUGGGUUACUGUACUCUGCAGAUGUCAAGGGUUUCGAGAUUGCUUAGGGCGUUUCAAAGAUUUAGAGUUUGUUAGAGAAUAAUGCUUCU